AUGCCCCCCGGACGCCUCCUGGGUGAGGUGUUUAGGGCACGUCGCACCGUGGUACAGGGUCAGGAUGGCUGGGGAGUGACUUACACUCCUACUCACAUCUGUGCCUUAAAAGGAUCAACAGUGGACAUAAACUGCAUCUACAGUUACCCAUCCAGGAUAAAUGAUGUUGAUACUGCAGUUGAUGAAACAUUUUGGUUAACUAAAUGGAGUAAUGAUGAAGCUGUGGAUCUGAGAACAGACUCAGAGUACGCAGGUCGUGUUCAGUAUCACUGUGAUAAGAACAACUGCACUCUGAGAAUCACAGACCUGAGAGAGAGAGACUCAGCUGAGUACAAGUUCAGUCCUGAUCGUAGUCAUCAGUGGCAGAAUCCCUCACAGCCUGAGGACCUUAGUAAAGACUCCCAGUAUACAGGUCGUGUUCAGGUCCUUGAAACAGAGAGAGGACGCUCCACUCUGAGAAUCUCUGACCUGAGAGAGAGCGAUUUAGCCCAGUAUCACUUCACAUUUAAAACACAAAGCUUUGAAUGGAGGAGUAGUUUACCUGGAACAACUCUGACUGUCACAGUUCUCCAGGUGCAGGUGAUCACAAUAACAGUCCAUCAGUCUCAUGUGGAGGCAGAGCUGAAAUGUCUCAGCAGCUGCAGUCCAGCAGGUCGUAUUUCUUACGUCUGGUUCAAGAACGGACAGAAAAUGAUGGAGGAGGAAACUUCUCUUUAUUCAGGGCAGUUUAAUUCUGGUGACAACAUCUCCUGUGCUUUGAAAGGACAUGAGGAUUACCGCUCUCCUUCAGUGUAUGCUCCAAAGCUUCCCUCUGUGUCAGUGAGUCCCUCUGGUGAAAUCAUUGAGGGCAGUUCAGUGAAUCUGACCUGUAGCAGUGAUGCUAACCCAGCAGCUAAACACACCUGGUACAAGAAGAAUCUAAAUCCAGACCUUCAACCUCUCAGUAAAGAACCACAGCUUGUCUUCAGCUCCAUCCAGUCCUCUGACUCUAGAGAGUAUUACUGUACAGCUGAGAACCAGCUGGGGAAGAGGACAUCUGAAUACAUCUCUAUUGAUGUGAAAUAUGCUCCAAAGCUUCCCUCUGUGUCAGUGAGUCCCUCUGCUGAGAUAGUGGAGGGCAGUUCAGUGAAUCUGACCUGUAGCAGUGAUGCUAACCCAGCAGCUAAUUACACCUGGUACAAGGAGAAUGAAGACUCACCAAAAGCAUCAGGACAGAUCUUCACCAUCACUGAUGUCAGACCUGAACACAGUGGGAAUUAUUACUGUGAAGCCCAGAACAGAAAAGGAUGUCAUAAUUCCACCUUACAUCUGACUGUUCUGUAUGCUCCAAAGCUUCCCUCUGUGUCAGUGAGUCCCUCUGGUGAAAUCAUUGAGGGCAGUUCAGUGACUCUGACCUGUAGCAGUGAUGCUAACCCAGCAGCUAAAUACACCUGGUACAAGAAGAAUGUAAAUCCAGACCUUCAACUUCUCAGUAAAGAACCACAGCUUGUCUUCAGUUCCAUCCAGUCCUCUGACUCUGGAGAGUAUUACUGUACAGCUGAGAACCAGCUGGGGAAGACGACAUCUGAAUACAUAUCUAUUGAUGUGAAAUAUGCUCCAAAGCUUCCCUCUGUGUCAGUGAGUCCCUCUGCUGAGAUAGUGGAGGGCAGUUCAGUGACUCUGACCUGUAGCAGUGAUGCUAACCCAGCAGCUAAUUACACCUGGUACAAGGAGAAUGAAGACUCACCAAAAGCAUCAGGACAGAUCUUCACCAUCACUGAUGUCAGACCUGAACACAGUGGGAAUUAUUCCUGUGAAGCCCAGAACAGAAGAGGACGUCAUAACUCCACCUUACAUCUGACUGUUGUGAAAGGAAAAAGAGAGCAUCCAAUCAAUCGUCUGAGGCUGAGGAGAGAGCAGACGACAGAGAGAGGGUGA